AUGCAUAAUUUAAAGAAAAAAUUUAUAGAAUAUGAUGAAACAAUCGAAUGUGGCACAGUAGAUCCUCAUGAAAAUGUUUCACAUUAUCAUAAUUAUUUGUCAAGAGAGAUUUCUACUAAUAGUCCGGAAAAAUAUAACUUAAAUGAAAAUUUAAGUGAUUUACAAACUGUUAGUGAAAUUUCGCCGAGUUACCCUGUUUCAAAUUAUAACAGUUCACGUCCAGGAGCAUUCUUUCCUUGGCCACGGAAUAUUAAAGGUGAAAGAAUAGAAAAGUACGAUAGUCGAAGUAUAUCUUACAAUUCUCUACUUGGAAUUGAAAUAGACCAUCGUCCGCCAACAAAUAUUCCAGGACCAAUUAAGAUGGCAUUUGGUAGAGCUGUACCUGGUUAUUACGCACAAAAAUAUCCAAGUAAAGAAACAUGGUUCAAUUCCAAUGCAUUGCAUCGUCAUAUACCUAUAAUAAGAUUUAAUCCAUUUUCACGUAAUCUAGAUAACUAUAAAAACUAUAACAAUGAAUAUAAAGAACAUUUAUAUAGAGUAAAUGAAUUGACAGAAUAUCAAGAUAAAUAUUUAGCAAAUACUCCAUCGUUAUGA